UUUCACUUCAUGUUUUCUUUCCGAUUCUGCAUAGCAGGACAACUUUACAUCGUCUUACUACUGCACCGCAGGACGACGGACAUCAUUACUGCAAAUGGCCCCCCAGUGGCUGAGCUGCAGUACUGCAUGGCUGCUUCUCUUGGUCUGCAUCGUCCCGGUGGACAUGCAGUCCUGCACCGGAGGAAUCCCCGGGAUCCCCGGGAUCCCCGGGAGCCACGGACCCAACGGACAGGACGGUGUGAAAGGGGAGAAAGGAGAUCCAGGUGAAGGAGGUCAGCCAAUCAGGGGUCAGAAAGGGGUGGCAGGUGUGCGGGGCCCGCCGGGCCGGCCCGGUAUAAAGGGGGACAUGGGUCUGCCGGGCCCUGCCGGAUUCCCGGGGCAGAAAGGGGAGAAGGGAAAACCCUUCAGCCUGUCCAACAAGCAGAAAUACUUCUUCUCCAACAAGAGAGCCGUUUCAAAUGUAGCAGAGAUGAAUGCGCCGAUUAACUUCAACAGAGUGAUUUUGCCUGAGUUGGCGCUACAGUUUCAAGGAGAGACGCUGGUAAACGGGACAUUCCAGUGUAAAAUCAAAGGAGUGUAUUUCUUCAGUUUCCACGUUUCAGCAAAGACCCGAGUGUGUCUGAAGCUGAUGAAGGGCAGCCAGGAGCAAUUCACGCUGUGCGACGGCGCCGACGGUUUCUUGGUCACGUCCGGCUCGGUGGUUCUGGACCUGGAAGUCGGAGAUACAAUUUUUGUGGAGCCAACCAGGUACAACGGCAUAGUGGUGUCACAGAGCAGCACCAGCCACAGCUUCACCGGCUUCCUCAUCUUCCCCACCUCCUGAACCUCCAGCAGACAUUUCAACCAGGCAGAGGAAAAGUCUUUCCUCCAAAAAUUACAUUUCACGUUUCUCAUGAACACUGAUCAGAAAAUCUUCCCCAUUAUUUUUAACUGGUUUCCAGUGCAAAUAUCCUUGUACACUUGAAAUAAAACAAAACUAACUAAUCAGUAUUUCCGCAAGAAAUCUGAUCUCGUUUCAAAUCAAUAACUCCUUAAUUAUCAUUAAAAAGUUUUAGUUCCACUGGUAGAUUAUUUCACUCUUAACAUGGGAAAAAUGUCUUAUAAGCAAAAUAAUGUUAUAACAAGACAUUUGACCAAUGACUUCCAACAAUAUAAUUAAUCCAAAUAAUUACAUUAACAACAUAUUUUAAUAAGAAUUUAUUGACUGAAAAUAAGCUACUACAUCUCGCUAAAAAGUUAUUUAUAAAUUAGUUUUCUUUUUUGUGUACUAAGAUAUUUGCACUAGAAAUAAUCAACUCAAAAUACUUGGUAAGAUUUUGUGUUUUUGCAGCGAAUUAUUGUGAUCGUACUGAAACUGGAGUCUUAUUGGUUUUGUAAAAUCUUGGUCCAGUCUAAAUAAAGUAAAAAUCAACCA